AUGGGCGGCACACAGAUCCCCAUUCCCAACCCUCCUCCUCUACCAUCCCAUCUCCCCGACAAUGUCCUCGACCUCGCUGUCCAGGUUGAGCGCAAGAAGCUGCCAGAUGAUGUUCGAGAAUCGCUGCGCGCAUUCCAGCGUGCAGGAUGCUACAUUGCCGCUUCCAUGAUCUUCCUGCGCGACAACGUUCUUCUCAAACAUGACCUUCAAGUUUCCCACAUCAAGCCCCGACUCCUCGGCCAUUGGGGAACAUGCCCUGGGCUGAUCCUGGUCUGGUCGCAUCUCAACGUUCUGAUCCGCAACCACAACCUCGAUAUGAUCUACGUUAUCGGUCCCGGCCACGGUGCCCCUGCCGCCCUCGCCUCUCUAUGGCUUGAAGGCUCCCUAGAGCGCUUUUACCCCGGCGAGUACGACCGCAACGCUACAGGCUUGCGCAACCUCAUCACCCGUUUCUCUGUCCCGGGAGGCUUUCCCAGUCACAUCAACGCCGAGACUCCCGGUUCAAUCCAUGAGGGUGGUGAGCUUGGCUAUGCCCUUGCUGUCUCGUUCGGCGCUGUCAUGGAUAACCCCGAUCUGAUCGUCACUUGCGUAGUGGGCGACGGUGAAGCAGAGACUGGUCCAACAGCCACGGCUUGGCAUGCUAUUAAGUACAUCGACCCCAAGGAAUCAGGUGCCGUUAUUCCCAUUCUCCAUGUCAACGGCUUCAAGAUCAGUGAGCGUACCAUCUUUGGGUGCAUGGAUGACAAGGAGAUUGCUUGCUUGUUCAGUGGCUACGGAUACCAAGUGCGCAUUGUGGAGGACCUCGAGAACAUUGAUGACGACUUGCAGAGCUCGCUGGAAUGGGCCGUGUCCGAGAUCAAGAAGAUCCAGAAGGCCGCUAGGGAGGACAACAAGCCGAUUGUGAAGCCAAGAUGGCCCAUGAUCGUCCUCAGAACUCCCAAGGGCUGGACUGGUCCCGAGGAGGUAGAGGGUCAGAUCAUUGAAGGAUCCUUCCACUCACACCAGGUCCCUCUGCCCAAGGCCAGUAGUGACGAGAAGCAGCUCCAGGCUCUUGACGGAUGGCUUUCCAGCUACAAGAUCAACGAGCUGCUCGAUGAUGAGGGCAAGCCUACUGAGGCCAUCACUCGCGUCCUUCCCGAGGCCGAGAAGAGGCUCGGACAGCUCAAGACCACCUACGAUCCACACAUUCCCCUGAAGGCGAUUGACUGGAAGCAGUUCGGCGUCGAGAAGGGUAUCGAUGAGAGUUGUAUGAAGACGGCCGGCAAGUUCCUCGACAAGCUAUUCCAAGAGAACCCCAAGACUCUCCGGCUCUUCUCCCCUGACGAACUCGAGUCCAACAAGCUCAAUGCCAUCCUUGACCACACGCAGCGCGACUUCCAGUGGGACGAGUACUCAAGGGCAAACGGGGGCCGCGUCAUCGAGGUCCUCUCCGAGCACAACUGCCAGGGCUUCAUGCAAGGGUACACUCUCACCGGCCGCACCGCCCUCUUUCCCUCAUACGAAUCCUUCUUGGGCAUCGUCCACACCAUGAUGGUGCAAUACUCCAAGUUCGUCAAGAUCGCUCGCGAAGUCCCCUGGCGCGGCGACCUAGCCUCCAUCAACUACAUCGAGACCUCCACUUGGGCUCGCCAGGAACACAACGGCUUCUCUCACCAGAACCCCUCCUUCAUCGGCGCCGUCCUCAACCUCAAAGCCGAAACCGCCCGCGUCUACCUCCCGCCCGACGCCAACUGCUUCCUCAGCACCGUGCACCACGUCAUGAAAAGCAAGAACAAGACCAACCUCAUCAUCGGCUCCAAGCAGCCCACGGCCGUCUACCUCUCCGCCGACGAAGCAGCCGAGCAUUGUCGCCAGGGUGCCUCCAUCUGGCACUUUGCCUCCACCCCUGACCCCAACUUCGCGGGACAAUCCGUACAGGACCCAGACGUGGUCCUAGUUGGUAUUGGCGUUGAAGUAACCUUCGAAGUGAUCAAAGCCGCCGAGCUCCUGCGCUCCAUCGCACCCGCCCUCAAGGUCCGCGUCAUCAACGUCACAGAUCUGAUGAUUCUCAUUGAAGAGUCCAAGCACCCACACUCUCUGUCCAAGCCCAAGUUCAUCGAGAUGUUCACCACCGACAGACCGGUGUUGUUCAACUACCACGGUUACCCGACCGAGUUGCAGGGUUUGCUUUUCGGACGAGAAAAAGCGGAGCGCAUGGAUGUCGAGGGAUACCAAGAGGAGGGAAGCACGACCACGCCGUUUGAUAUGAUGCUAAGGAACAGGGUCAGUCGGUUUGAUGUGGCGAAGUGGGCGUUGAAGAGGGGUGCCGAAAAGAACGGGGAGAUGAAGAAGGACUUGGAGGGGUUGCUUGGUGAGGUUGAUAAGAGAGUGAAGGGGGUUAGGGAGUUUAUUGGGAAUGAGGGGAAGGAUCCCGAUGAUAUCUACCAUAUGCCCAAGUUCGAGUAG